AAAAUAGUUUCAGGUGGGAAUAUGAAGGCAGAGCAAAAUGAUCUAGUAAGGGACAUACGCAUAAAUGCAGAUCGCAUCAACACAUCUUGCUCAUCGGGGCUAUCGUCAAGAGAUUUAGUUGACCUUGAAGCGAUUGUUCUAAACUGGGCAAAGCAAAUUUUUGAGAUCACUAAGAACAAGAAUGAAGCACGAAUCAAUAAAAAACAUCUUCAGUACAAUAUAAAUUGGUCACAUUUGUUUAAUGAAUGCCUGGAUCCAACAUAUUCAAUUGAUGGAAUCGAUACGAAAUCAACAAGGCAAACGAAAGAGGAACAAACCCUUUUUAAGUCAACAUUCACGAAUACAACUGAAAGAGAACAAGAAUAUUCUUUUAAAACUGAACGAUCCACUCGAAGUUCUGUUACCGUUGCUAUUGAAAAAGGCAUUUGUCGUGGUGUUGAAUUAGCUCUAAAACUAAAAACACCAUGUGAAAUAUUAGAAGCGAACGCUGGUUUCCAAAAUGAAAUAUCGGUUUAUCAUAUUGGUGAGAAUACGACUGAAGAAGAAUUAACUUGGGGAGUUGACAGUACCGUACGUGUUCCUGCAUUAUGCGAGACUGUCGCAGAAUUGGUCAUUUUAGAGGAUCAUCAUAUUAGGAAAUUUUCAAUCGAAUGCCAAUUAAGCGGUCGAAUCAUAGUAACUGUAACUAAUCUAAAAGACAAUAAUAGCCUAGUAACGAUUAUUGAAGGAAAAAUCGCCGAUAUAAUUCGUGCGCUUCCUAAUUGUGCUUCGCUUGGAUUCGUUGUCCAAAAUGAUACGGUUAUUUAUAUAACGAAAGGAAUAUGCAAAUUUAAAUACGGCGUAGAGCAAAAGGUAAGAAUCAAGGAAUACGCGGUCCGACGACCAUUUUAA